CCCCAUGGCCGCGGGCCGGGGACAUGGGCGAGCCCGGCGGGCACGGGCCGGGACACGGGCCGGCACCGGCAUCCAGCGCACACGGACCGCGGGGCGGGAGCGCCUGGGAGCGCGGCGCCCCCGCUGAGGAGGCUCCGCGCACGGAGCCCCCCGGCCCCUCUGAGGAGAGUGCGGAGCCCCCCGACCCGCGGGAGGGCUCGGGGCACACGGAGCCCCCCGGCCCCGCUCGGGAGGGCCCCGGCACGGUGCCGCUCCACCCGCGGGGGGCCGCGAAGGACACGGAGCCCCCCGGCCCGCGGGAGGGCUCGGGGCACGCGGAGCCCCCCGGCCCCGCGCAGGGCGAGCCGGGCUCGGAGCCGCUCGACCCGCCGCAGGACGGGGAUGACUCGCCCCCGCCCGGCCGUGCGGAGCUGCCGCUGGUGCCCGCCGAGCUCCGCGCGCGGCUGCUGGACCCCCGGGACUACCGGCGGCGCGCCCAGGCGGUGGAGCAGCUGCGGCGGGCGCUGGAGGGCUGCAGCCCGGCCGCGCUGAGCGCCGCGCCCGCCGCCGCCCUGCGCGGGCUCAUCGCGCUGGUGCCCGCCCUGCUCGCCCCGCUGGUGGCCGCGGCCGCGCGGGCGCUCGGGGACACGCAGCCCGCGAUGCGCCGGGACAGCGCCCGGCUGCUGCUGCGCCUCAUGGGCGCCGCGGGGCCGCGGGCCGUGCUGCGGCUGCUGCUGCAGGAGCGGCUGCUGCGCCACCGCAGCGCCCGGCUCCGCGAGGAGCUGCUCAACACGUGCACGGCCGCGCUGCUCACCUACCCCGGCGAGCAGCUGGACCUGCCGCAGCUGGCGGCCGCGCUGGCGCCCGCGCUGCUGGACGCGAAGCGCAGGGUCCGGCACGCCGCGCUGGAGGCGCUGGCGGCGCUGGCCGCGGCCAUGGGCGCCGGCGGGACACAGGCGCUCUUCGGCGCCGUGGGCGCCCUGGAGCUGCGGGCGGGCGGCGCGGGGGCCGUGCGGGCCGUGCGGGCGCGGCUGGCCAGGAAGGCGCUGCCCAGGCUGGGCGAGCAGGGAUUCGUGGAGUACGGGCUGCCCCUGCCCUCCGCCGGGCACUGCCGCGGGCGCUGCCACCCCCCCGGCGCCGACACCGAGUGGCUGCUGAUGGGCAGCAGGACGCAGAGCGCUCGCUGCGGGUGCCCCGGCGGGGAAGAUGCGCCGCACGGCCCCGGCUCCAAGUGUGCCGAGCAAGGGAUGAGCCCCAGGAGAGUCCUGAGCGCCGGGAGAGGGAAGAACAAGCUGCCGUGGGAAUCCGAGCUGGCUGGAGACAGGGAAGGUGGCUCGGGAGUCAGGAUGCCGUUCCCGAAGGGUGUGGAGCAGUUCUCUGCAUCCAGUGAUUUCCUUCACUCCCCGAAGCUCCAGCCCUCCCAAGGAGUCCCAGCCAGCCAGGAGUUAUUUUUUAGUAGAAAAAGAGCUUCCAGGACUUUAUUCCAGAGCGGUGUGGAAGUGAACUCUGGGAAUUCUGCCGUUUGUGCUGGUGCUAUGGGCUCUCACCAGCCCCAAAUUUCAGGGAAGUGUGGGACACUUGGAUACCCACAGGCACGUGGGAAGAGUGGCAGUGUGGACUCGGAAUUACAGUUUUUGGGACUGAACAACUGUCAGCAGGACAAAGUUUCUUCCAGCCUAAAUUUUCCCAGCAAGACCCAGAGAGGGUUUUGCACUCAGGCAGAGCCCACCAUGUCCUUCCAGGGCCUCAGUGCCAGCCAGGGCACCUUCAUCCUGCCCUGCUACCCCCUGUCCUCCCCCAGGACCAGUCCCAAGCACCUCUCCUCUCCAGCUGCAUCUCCAAGGAGGGCCCAGGACAAUCCCAUGAACCUCUCCAACUCCUGGCCUCGCAAAAGCUUCGAGGGGCUACCUAAGCCUGGCUCCCAGAAGCAGCUGCUCAGCCCAGAGUCAGGAGACAACACAGGGGAGAACGUGCUGGAGAAACCCUCCCUGCAGCUGAAGCCCACGGUGGUGAGACCCCCCCUGCCGCGGCGGGGCCUGCCCGGGGCCCGGCCCGUGCCCCCCAUCCCGCGCCUGGGCAGGGCCGGGGCCGGCGAGGACGCCUGGCUGGGGCAGCUGGGCAGGGAGCUGGCAGCGGGGCUGGCACAGCUGCACCUGGAUGCCGAGGAGGUGGACCAGGAAGAGAUGCAGAAUUCCCUGCGCUCCCUGCGGAACAGCGCGGCCAAGAAGAGGGCCAAGCUGAGCAGCAGCAUCGCAGACCUGGAGAGCCCCGACCCUGCAGUUAAACUGGAUGGCUCCGGGGACUGCCCCUCCCAGGGCUCCUCCCCCAGUGAGAGUGGCAUUUACAGCCAGGAAUCCCUGCCCUCCCCCGUGCCCACCCUGCCCCGAAGGAGGAGAGUGAUGUCAGACACCUUUCCACUGCUUGGCAGCAAAUCCCAUCCUGCAGAAGGAUCUCCAGGGAGGAGCAGAGAGCCUGGUGUGGCAGAGCAUCCCUGCAGCACAGGCCUUGCAGAGCCAGUGUCUGGUUUUGCACCGAUGGAUGAUCUGGGUUUCCUGUCUGGGGACACCGUGGUGGUUGUUGAUAAAGGUGUUUUUGGGAGCCCCCCUGCCCGUGCUCACAGCCAGUCCCUGCCGUGUGUGGCCAAUGGAGAUGACCAGGGGGUCAGGGAGGAGACUGAGCCAUCCCCAGGGAUCCCUGGGAGAAGCUUCCAGCAGAACAGUGCUUCCCAUUUCCAUGCUGACAAUGACAGAGAGAUAAAAGUGACCAUGUCAAAAUCUGCCCAGGAUAAGCUGAGGAGGAAGAGAAAAGAAGAAAAAGAACUCAAUCACAAAGAGCAUCAGGAAGGCAAAGACCUGGAAGGGAAGGAAGAGAUCCCUUGGGAAGGGCUUAGACUGAGUAUGAGUGAACCAGAGAGACUGACAGCAGAAAGGUUUAAUCUCUGUGGGGAUAUUUUAACAUCGCCAAGAAACGGAUCUUUGUCCUUAGAAAAUGUGGCCUUGAAUCCUUCUCUGAGAAGAACAUCCAGUUUGAAGAGGUCAAAGUGUUCACCCUUGCUGGAUUCUGAUGAGGCGGCGCGGGGCCGGCCCAAGGAGCAGGUGACCCACAGCCCCGAGGUGCUGGACCCCUCGGAGCUGCAGCCCUUCCCCAGGCCUGACACAGCCCUGGCAGAGGCCCUGGCACUGCUGGCUGACGACGACUGGGAGAAGAAAAUUGAGGGUCUGAACUUUGUCAGGUGCUUGUCUGCCUACCACGCCCCUGUUCUGACUGCAAAGCUCCACGAAACAAGUUUGGCUGUGGCUCAAGAGGUCAAGAAUUUACGCUCAGGUGUUUCUCGAGCUGCUGUGGUGUGUUUAGGGGAUUUGUUCACCCACCUGAAAAAGAGCAUGGAUCAAGAACUAGAUAAUGCAGUAAAAGUCCUUUUGCACAAAGCUGGGGAAUCCAACACUUUUAUAAGGGAAGAGGUAGACAAGGCACUGAAGGCCAUGGUUAAUAAUGUGACUCCAGCACGUGCACUUUGUUCUCUUAUAAAUGGAGGGCAAAGCCACCUGCACUCUGCCGUGAGGAGAUGCACAGCCCAGCACCUGUCGGAGCUGGUGGAGCGCCUGGGCCCCGAGCGCCUCCUGGGGGGCCCCAGACCCGCGGCCGAGCGGCUGCUCCCGGCCAGCGCCAGGUUUGCACAGGACAGCUCCCAGCAGACACGGUACUAUGGUCGGAGGAUGCUCUUCAGCAUGAUGGCCCACCCUGAGUUUGAGAAAGCCCUGGAGAGGUACAUCCCAGCCAAGGACUUGCCUUACAUUAAGGACGCUGUUGGCAGCCUACGUGAGAAGGGUCUGGGGGAGAUGCCACUGGACACACCUUCAGCCAAAGGAAGACGUUCCCAGACUGGCAGUGUUGGACAUUUGAGGUCGUCCCCCACUUCCAGAGAUGCUCUCAGUGUCCCGGACAGGGACACCACAGAGGCCCGUGAGGCCCCAAGGAGAGCAGCUCCUCGUAGUGCCCUGGAAAGUGAAGAGUAUGUUAAAGAUAUUGUGGGUUUGUUGAAUGCCAAAGACUUCAGAGAGAGGAUAACUGGCAUCAGGCAGCUGCUGCUGGAUACAGAGAACAGUCCAGGCCUGGUGGUUGCAAAUCUCGUGAAGAUCUUUGAUGCUUUCAAGUCUCGCCUACACGACUCCAACAGCAAAGUGAACCAGGUGGCUUUGGAGACCAUGCACAAGAUGAUUCCACUGCUCAAGGACAAUUUGUCACCUGUGAUCAACAUGUUAAUUCCUGCCAUAGUAGACAACAACCUCAACUCCAAAAAUCCAGGGAUUUACACAGCUGCCACAAAUGUUAUCCAGGCUCUGUGUCAGCACUUAGACACCUCUCUGCUCCUCCAGCCCUUCUGCACAAAGGCCCAGUUCCUGAACGGGAAAGCCAAGCAAGACCUGACAGAAAAGCUGGCUGACCUGGUGACGGAGCUGUACCCACGGAAGCCCUACGCCGUGGAGCAGAAGGUCCUGGCUGUGCUCUGGCACCUCCUGGGGAACACGUCCAACAGCGGCUCCGUGCCCGGCGCCUGCGGGAGCCUCCGGACAGCCACGGCCAAACUGGCCAAAGCACUGUUUGCACAGAUGGGGCCCAGCCUGCUGGCCCACGCUGCAGCCCAGCCAGCCCACAUCAGGAAGGGUUUGGAAGAGCUUCUGGAGACAGGAACAUAAAAUCACCGGCGCUGAGGGUGAAACUCUACCGGCCGCCUGACCCGGCACGCGGACGGGGCUGCGGGACAAGGCGGGAACAUCCCUGUGUCACUGAUCCACAGGGCUGCAGGGAGCUGCUGGGAGAGCGCACGGAGCUGGGCUGGGACAGCCUGUGGGCUGAACUGGGCUGUGCUGGGACAGCCUGUGGGGCUGAA